AUGGGCGGCCUUGUUGACAGAACCCACAUCCAUGGGUUCCGUGACCUUAACUUCACUGCCAUAGUCGUAACCUUCUCCUUUGUAUACAUCCUAUAUGGCGUCGUCCUCGUCGUCUACCGCCUCUAUUUCCACGCCCUCACUAGGUUCCCGGGGCCCAAGCUCGCUGCCGCCACGCACUGGUACGAGGCCUACCAUGACCUCUUCGCCAAAGGCGGCGGAGGCCAGUUUACCUGGGAGGUGAAACGCAUGCACCAAAAGUACGGCCCCAUCGUGCGCAUCAACCCGGACGAGCUGCACAUUGAUGACUACGAGUUCUACGAAACUCUCUACAUCAACGAUCGGCCCUCCCAGCCGAUAGACAAGUCCGACAAGUUCCGGUAUCCACCGCGAGCGCCGCGCCGCGCUGGCCCCCAGCUUUGCGAGGCAUAG